GGACGCCCCGGGGCCUGGGGCUGCGCCUGCGCAGAAACCAGCUCUGGGGCCCCUGCGUGGCGCGCGCCCGCCCCGGUAACGGCCCGCCCGGCCCUCAGAAACUGCGGCUGGCAGCUGGUCCGCCUGUGUGCAAGCCGCCCGCCGAGAAGUCCCUGAACCCUUUUGGCCUAUGGGGGACUCGCCGCCCGACCCUGAGCAGCCUGACCAGCCGCUGGAGACACGGAGGAGUUUCCAGGCCUCUGAGCAGAGGCGCAGCAGGGAGCCCUCUCUGCUCCAGUCCACGGUCCUCGAGGAGUCGCCACAGGUGGCACUUGACGCCCAGACCAACCAGCAGGGGUGGUCACAAAGUGCCAUCCUGACCCAACAAGAGAACUUGCAGGCUGAGGAGCCCCACGGCGGCUUAGAGGACCCGUCCGCGAAUACAGGCUUUCUCUCGGAUUUCCAGCGCCAAUCUUACCUGGCUGAAGGCACGACCCAGGUCACCCACAAUGCCAACCUAAUGCUGCAACAGCUACCGCAGGGCCAAGGCAACCUCUUCCAGCAACUGGAGUCAGCCUACCAGGAUUCCCGGCCCGACUUCCUGGGCCAGUUUAACGCGUACCAGAGAGAUGACCUGCAGUUCAGUGAGACCGCCCAGCAUGGGCCCUACGUGAAGGAUGACCCUGCCCUCCAGUUGUCACACUCUGAGCUGGGCUUUAUGCCCUUCGGUAUGGAGGUGUCCGAGCCGGAGCCCCGGGAGCUGGCCGUGCAGAACGCCAAGGCCUACCUGCUGCAGACCAGCGCCAGCAGCGACCUCAGCCUGUAUGAGCACCUGGUGAACCUGCUGAUGAAAAUCCUGAACCAGCGACCCGAGGACCCCUUGUCUAUCCUGGAGUCGCUGAACCGCACCACGCAGUUGGAGCGGUUCCACCCCAAGCUGGACUCGCUGCGGGACGACCCCGAGAUGCAGCCCACCUACGAGAUGGCGGAGAGGCAGAAGGCGCUGUUCAUCCGGGGCGGCGGCUCGGGCGAGGGCGAGCAGGAGAUGGAGGAGGAGGUGGCGGACUCGGCCGUGCCCAACAUCAUGGAGGCCGCCUUCUACUUCGAGCAGGCGGGCGUGGGCCUGAGCUCGGACGAGAGCUUCCGCAUCUUCAUGGCGCUGAAGCAGCUGGUGGAGCAGCAGCCCAUCCACACCUGCCGCUUCUGGGGCAAGAUCCUGGGGCUCAGCCGCAGCUACCUGGUGGCCGAGGUGGAGUUCCGGGAGGGCGAGGAGGAGGUGGAGGAGGAGGAGGCCGAGGAGGCCGCCGAGGGCGGCGAGGUCGCCGACACGCACGGCGAGGAGGAGGCCGAGGAGGACGAGGAGAAGGUGGCCGACACCCUCCCCAAGCGGACGUGGAAGCCACCGCCCGUCAUCCCCAAGGAGGAGAGCCGCUCGGGCACCAACAAGUACCUGUACUUCGUGUGCAACGAGCCGGGCCGGCCGUGGACGCGGCUGCCGCACGUCACGCCCAGCCAGGUGGUGCACGCCCGCAAGGUCAAGAAGUUCUUCACCGGCCACCUGGACGCCCCGGUCAUCAGCUACCCGCCCUUCCCGGGCAACGAGGCCAACUACCUGCGGGCCCAGAUCGCUCGCAUCUCGGCCGCCACGCACAUCAGCCCGCUCGGCUUCUACCAGUUCAAUGAGGAGGAGGGCGACGAGGAGGAGGAGGGCGGCGCGGGGCGCGAAUCCUUUGAGGAGAACCCCGACUUUGAGGGCAUCCCAGUGCUAGAGCUGGUGGACUCCAUGGCCAACUGGGUGCACCACAUGCAGCACAUCCUUCCGCAGGGCCGCUGCACUUGGGUGAACCCUUUGCAGAAGAAGGAGGAGGAGGAGGAGCUGGGGGAGGAGGAGGAGCGGGCUGACGAGGGCAUGGAGGAGGUGGAGCAGGAGAUCGGGCCCCCGCUGCUGACGCCACUCUCAGAAGAUGCAGAAAUCCUGCACAUGUCGCCCUGGACCGCCCGCCUGUCCUGCAGCCUCUCCCCGCAGUACUCCGUGGCCAUUGUGCGCUCCAAUCUCUGGCCGGGGGCCUACGCCUACGCCAUUGGCAAGAAGUUCGAGAACAUCUACAUCGGCUGGGGCCACAAGUACAAUCCCGAGAACUUCAACCCGCCCCUGCCGGCCCCCAUUCAGCAAGAGUACCCCAGCGGCAUAGAGAUCAUGGAGAUGAGCGACCCCACGGUGGAGGAGGAGCAGGCCCUGAAGGCGGCCCAGGAGCAGGCCCUGGCGGCCGCGGAGGAGGAGGAGGAGGACGAGGAGGAGGACGAGGACGAGGACGCGGACGACUGAGCGCGCGCCCCCCUC